AUGACGCGCGUUGUGGGACAGCCAACCGUAUCUCUUCGUGAACCGCCAUGGAAUCAAGCUCCCAUGCUUGUAUUUAGAAAUGAAAUACGAACGCAACUGAAUCACAGGUCGGCAAUUCAUAAUGCAAUACAAACAGGUUGCGAUCCAAUGGUAUGUGUUGCCCAGGACUUUUGUAAAGGCAAACCUGUUGAAGAGCCGACACUCCUUAAGAAAUUAUAG